AUGAGCGGAAAGGUCAAAGGUGCUCAGGCUGUUGUGCAGAAACGUUGUCCGAAGGCAGUAUAUGUACACUGCGCGUCACAAAGCCUCAACUUAGCCAUGGCAAAUGCUGCAGAGGUCAGAUCUAUCAGAAAUUGUUUUGGCACUACUGAUGAUGCAUCUUUGUCAGCAGAUGCAGAGUCGGAAUCAGAGAUCAGUGAUCCGCCGGACCAGAUAACUGAUCUCUGCUCUGGUCUGAAGCUCAUCAGUGACGCAGUGAUCAGUAUAUCAAAAGGGCAUGUUUUCCAAGAUCCUGAGGAUCUCCCAGCUAAAGCAGAAGUGGUUGAGAAUUACGCCAUUGAGGUUGUGAACGAGAAUAUAUGA